UUUAUUUUUCAUAUCACCGCAAGAAAUUUUAUAGGACAUUGUCUUGCUCAGACGGACGAUGAAGGAAAGAGUGAGGAAGGUAGGUAGACCACAGUAACUAACUCUGUUUCCCGCCGAUUAGGCCUUUAUAUAUAUAGCAUUUCCCGCCGCCCAAUGGUCACAUAUCCCACUCCACACUCCAUUUAACGCCUUCUUUCUUUUUGGGUAAAAAGAAAAGACCUCUCGCUUUCUUUUUCAUUUCGUCUCAUCAUCUCUAUUCCAAAAUCAAUGGAGCUUCGUUCUCGUAGAAGGCUCUCCGGGCUCUCAAUCAACGGCGAUGGUGAGCAUGGGGAAAGCGGUUCUUGUAACGAAGAAGACGGAAACAAUUACAUAGGGGGUGGCGGUGGCGGUGGCGGUGAUGGUUCUGAUGACGAAUUCUAUGUACUAUCUUCAGAUUCUGAUGAUAAUAGCUUUGGUGAAAUGACUGAAGACAUGGGGGAUUUGCUCUUAAAUCAUCAGGCAAAGGCUACGAUUGGUGUCCAUGAUUGGCAAGGUCCCAUUAAUGAGCAACAACCAGCUGAGCAAUCAACAGCAUCUCAAAAAAAGAAAUACUAUAAGACAAACAAGAGGCGCAAAAAGAGGUCAGGGGAAUUGUUGAUGUGGGAAGUUUGGGAAGAAGGUCACGACAAAUGGAUUAAUGAGAACUUGACUGAAGAUGUUGAUUUUGAUCAUAAUCGUGGAUUGGAAGCUAAAACUGCUGAGGCACCAUCUGACUUGAUUAUGCCUCUGUUAAGAUUCCAAAAGGAAUGGUUAGCCUGGGCUUUGGAACAGGAAGAGUCGUCCACCAGAGGGGGAAUUCUUGCAGAUGAGAUGGGAAUGGGGAAGACGAUUCAAGCAAUCGCUCUUGUCCUUGCCAAACGGGAACUCCAUCAAAAUUUAUUUGAAUUCAAUGGUCCAUCACCAUCUUCAGGCUCAUCCAGUGAUUUGGCUGGAAUCAAAGCCACCCUUGUAGUCUGUCCGGUGGUUGCUGUAACUCAGUGGGUAAAUGAGAUCGACCGGUAUACUACAAAAGGAAGCACCAAGGUUCUGGUUUAUCAUGGGGCUAAUAGAGAAAAGAGUUCUAAACUGUUCCAUGAUUACGAUUUUGUCAUAACAACAUACUCUAUUAUUGAGUCUGAAUUCAGAAAAUACAUGAUGCCUCCCAAGAAGAAAUGUGUGUAUUGUGGGAACUCCUUUUAUGAAAAGAAGCUUACAGUUCACCUAAAAUAUUUUUGUGGGCCUGAUGCUAAUAGAACAGCAAAGCAAUCUAAGCAAGCUAAGAAAAAGCUGAAAACUGUACCAUCAGCAUCAAAGCAGAAAACAGAAUCUGAUAAAGAUAAGAGUCAUCCUAUGGAGCUUUCAGAAGUUGAACUAGGAUUGCAAAAAGAGAAAUCACUUUUGCACUCGUUGAAGUGGGAGCGCAUCAUUUUGGAUGAGGCCCAUUUUAUAAAAGAUAGACGUUGUAAUACAGCAAAAGCUGUUUUUGCCUUAGACUCUUCAUACAAAUGGGCUCUGAGUGGCACUCCCCUCCAAAACCGCGUUGGUGAACUUUACUCUCUGGUACGCUUCCUGCAAAUAGUUCCAUACUCAUAUUACUUGUGUAAGGAUUGUGAUUGCAGAACUCUUGAUUAUGGGUCAUCGACACAAUGUUCUAGUUGCCCUCAUAGUUCUGUGAGGCAUUUUUGUUGGUGGAAUAAAUAUGUUUCUAACCCAAUACAAAAGCAUGGAAAUGCUGAUUAUGGACGAAGAGCGAUGAUAUUGCUCAAACACAAAGUCUUGAAGAACAUAGUGCUAAGACGCACAAAAAAAGGGAGGGCUUCUGAUCUUGCUCUUCCUCCUAGAAUUGUUAUAUUGAGGCGAGAUAUCCUGGAUGUUAGAGAAGAAGAUUAUUAUGAAUCAUUGUAUAAUGAAAGUCAGGCACAAUUUAAUACAUAUGUUGAGGCGGGAACUCUGAUGAAUAAUUAUGCCCAUAUAUUUGACCUCCUGACACGCUUGCGGCAGGCAGUUGAUCAUCCUUACCUUGUGGUAUAUUCUAAAACUUCAGCACUAAAAGGUGGAAACAUGGUUGAUCUUGAUUCUGCCAAAAAUGCUUGUGGUAUUUGUCAUGAACCAGCAGAAGAUCCUGUGGUUACCUCAUGUGCCCAUGGUUUUUGUAAGACUUGUUUGCUUGAUUUCUCUGCUUCCUUUGGAGAAGUCUCUUGCCCUGUCUGUUCCAAAUCACUCACUGUUGAUUUCACUGGAAAUGUGGAUGCUGGAGAUCAGACUGCUAAAACAACCAUUAAGGGGUUUAGAUCUGGUAGUAUUCUGAACAGAGUACAGUUGGAUGAUUUUCAGACAAGCACAAAGAUAGAAGCUUUGAGGGAAGAAAUUAGAUUUAUGGCUGAAAGAGAUGGUUCUGCAAAAGGAAUUGUUUUCAGCCAGUUCACUUCGUUUUUGGAUCUCAUACAUUACUCUCUCCAUAAGUCUGGCAUUAGCUGUGUUCAGUUGGUGGGAAGCAUGUCUUUGGCUGCCAGAGAUGCUGCUAUUAAAAGAUUUGCGGAGGAUCCUGAUUGCAAGAUUUUCUUGAUGAGUUUGAAAGCUGGAGGUGUUGCCCUCAAUCUGACAGUUGCAUCACAUGUUUUCUUGAUGGAUCCUUGGUGGAACCCAGCAGUGGAGCGGCAAGCACAAGAUAGAAUCCAUCGUAUUGGGCAGUAUAAACCAAUAAGGAUUGUGAGAUUUGUCAUCGAGAAUACCGUUGAGGAGAGGAUUUUGCAGCUGCAAGAAAAGAAGGAGCUAGUGUUUGAAGGGACCGUGGGAGGUUCUUCAGAGGCCCUGGGAAAAUUAACGGAGGCAGAUUUGCGAUUUUUGUUCGCCACCUAAGGAUAGAACUGCAUUCAAAUCUUGAAAGGCUGUGGGAAAACUAACAGAAGCUGAAAAGAGGUGGUUCCAAAAGAAAAGGCAAAGCCAUUAUAUACAAAUUCUGCUUCAAAUGUUCUAUUUUUUGAAUUUUGAACCCGGACUCUCUAUUAUAUUUACUAGGAUAGGAUCUGAAACCUAAAUCCUUCUGUUCUUACCGUUGUUCGUUGACAAUGACGGCGUUGCAUGCUCCUCCUCUUUUCUCA